GGAACUUGGACGACCAUGAAUAAGGGUUUGAUGAAAAGAGAACUAUGGAGACUCGCAGGAAUGUUCUUAGCUCAUGAAUUUGAGAUUCCAAGGAUGGGGAGUCCCCAGACCCAGCUGGUGCUAAGGGAGCAGGAUGUCGUCAAGCUCGCCUGCGAGUUCAUGGAGAACAGGGAUAUGAAUAUAUCACAGAUAGCUUUGGAAAGGGAAAGUGGAGUAAUAAAUGGAGAUUUAUCUGAUGAUGUUAUUUUCUUGAGACAAUUGAUAUUGGAUGGACAGUGGGAGGACAGCCUCGAGUUUAUUCAGCCUCUGACCCAGCUUCCGACCUUUAAUAUUGACCUCUUCCAGUUCAUCAUUUUCAAGCAUAAAUAUCUAGAAUUGCUCUGCAUCAAGAGUGAAGUAUCCCUGGCAACCCCUGAUACUGCUGUGAACGAGGUGGUUCAGCUUCUCAACCUUAUUCAACCUCUUUGUCCUUCCAAGGAUGAAUAUUCAGAUGAAUAUUCAGCUAACAAUCCCUUAUAUUAUACCUAUAUUCUAGGUCUAUUUUUAGGAGAAAAGCUCGAAUCCUUUUCCAGUUCUUUGGUUGCCACUAAUGAUAGACUGCUUCAACUUAUAAUUAAGGGGAUUCUCUAUGAGAGCUGUGUAGAUUUUUGUCAACAGAAAGCAACACAAUCAAGAAACAACAGCAUAGAGUUUACGAAUGUGCUGAGUUCCAGUGAGUUUAACGACAGCGAUCUAUCCCUUCUCUCCUGGUUACAAUCUAUCCCUCCAGAUACAUUCUCGUGCCCAUUCGAACAGAAAAGUUUGAACGUAGAUAUAGAACGUUUGCAGAAAUCUCAUUUAGAGACAUCAUGGACCGAACAUAUUCUAGUUACUCCCAUUCGAUCAAAUAUGUUUCCACACUCAGCUAUGCCACCAGCCAAACUAAAAUCUCAAGAUGUGAUGACCAAAAGUCUGUCUCUUAUGCUUGGAAAGCAGGAGCCUAAAGGAGGUGUUCAUGAUAUGACAAGAAGUUUAGCAAGUUUUCAUCUUACAGGGAAAAAAUUGAUGGACACGUCGGUAGAUCAGCUGUUUAAAGAACGAGAUCUAACAAUUACACCAACUACCAUACUAGAAGAACCAUCAACAGUAUCUGAAGGCGAGGUGAAAGAACCUCCCCUGGAGGAACCAAGUGACGGAUCGAAGGGAAAUACUGAACUGCUAACCCCUGAACUAAGCACUGCUCUCAGUAUGGGAAAACCAAAGUUUGUAAAGGUUGUAACCCUGGAGGAUGUGCAGGCUGUACGGUGUGCUGAGUUCCAUCCUGAGGGUCUAGUCUACGCAGUCGGAUCUAAUUCUAAAACCUUGCGGAUUUGUGAAUAUCCGGAUAUAUCAAGAAUAUCUGAAAACCAUGAGACCCAUCAGCCGACUGUACUUUUUAAGCGAACUAAACACCACAAGGGAUCUAUAUACUGCCUGUCCUGGUCCUACAAGGGGAACCUCCUCGCCACCGGCAGCAACGACAAGACCGUCAAGCUCAUGAAGUAUAAUAGUGAGACCAACAGCCUAGAGGGCGGGGAGAAGGAUCUUACCAUGCACGACGGAACGGUCCGGGACUGCUGUUUUGUUGAAGAAGGUUCUGGAGGGUCGUCUUUGCUUCUAUCUGGCGGAGCUGGAGACUGCAAGGUUUAUGUCACAGAUUGUCAAACAUUUACUCCUUUCCAGGCCUUAACAGGACAUACAGGACACAUCUUAUCCCUUUACACCUGGGCAGGGGGGCCAAUAUUCGUCUCAGGAUCUCAGGAUCGAACUGUUCGGUUUUGGGACCUUCGAACAAGGGGCUGUGUAAACCUGGUUCAGUUUGGAAAUGAAGGAGCUGGAUCACCGGUUGCGUCAUGUUGUGUAGAUCCAUCAGGACGCCUUCUAGUGUCAGGACACGAGGAUUCUACCUGUGUUCUCUACGAUAUACGAGGAGCUAGAUCAGUCUCAAAACUGAAGGUUCAUAGUAGUGAAGUAAGAAGUGUUCGAUUCUCUCCGAAUGCCUACUAUUUACUCUCAGCUAGCUACGAUGGGACUAUCGUUCUUUCAGAUCUACAGGGGGAUCUAACUUCAUCCUUGCCGAGUGUAACAGUAGCAACCCAUGAAGAUAAGGUUAUCACUGGACGGUGGCAUCCUUUACACUUCUCCUUCCUCACUUCUUCAGCAGAUAAAACAUCAACACUCUGGACUCUACCAACAGUAUAAACAUCAACACUCUGGACUCUACCAACAGUAUAAACAUCAACACUCUGGACUCUACCAACAAUAUAAACAUCAAUACUCUGGACUCUACCAUCAGUAUAAACAUCAAUACUCUGGACUCUACCAACAAUAUAAACAUCAAUUCUCUUGACUCUACCAACAGUAUAAACAUCAAUACUCUGGACUCUACCAACAGUAUAAACAUCAAUACUCUGGACUCUACCAACAGUAUAAACAUCAAUACUCUGGACUCUACCAACAAUAUAAACAUCAAUACUCUGGACUCUACCAACAGUAUAAACAUCAAUACUCUGGACUCUACCAACAGUAUAAACAUCAACACUCUGGACUCUACCAACAGUAUAAACAUCAAUACUCUGGACUCUACCAACAAUAUAAACAUCAAUACUCUGGACUCUACCAACAGUAUAAACAUCAAUACUCUGGACUCUACCAACAGUAUAAACAUCAAUACUCUGGACU